AGAUCCCGAAAGCAGCUUUUUUGAGGGAGGACCCGAAUUUAUAUUCUUUUGCAAAGACUGGGUAUAUACUGUACUAGAAUUAUUAAAAUAUAUAUGCGGAUGUCGGAGAUUGAUCGGAGAUGUAAGGGUUUGAUUAAAAAUUUGUUCUAAUAUUUCACAUGAAUGACUGAGAUAUACUUCACAUUAAUGUUUCAUUCCCUUUUCCUGUCGUAUUGGACUUCUUGCUCAGUUCCAGAAGAAGCAAAUUAUUGGAAAAAUUGUAAAUUGGAUGUAUAGACACCUGUUAUUUCCUUUUAUUGAAAUCAAAGAAAAUGACCGGACGUGAAUUCUGUUUCGUAGUGUUCGUUGCCAUGGUGAUGUGUGGAAGUUGCACUGCUUCAAGAUGCCCUCGCUUUAGCACUUUGGAAAAUGGGAGCUGUUACUGGAUAAUACCCUUCAAAUACAACAGGUCACCUUACGUUGGUGGAUUCCAAGUUGCUGCCCACCAAGAAUGUGGUCUUGAACAACCUGGCGCCGGUCUGGUCACCAUCAACACCGUCGAGGAAAACAAUUUCAUAUUCGAAUGGAUCGGUCGUUUCGCAUCCGAGCCAACGACGGUGUGGAUCGGUUUGUUCCAGCCUAGGGUAGCUAGGCAAGGACCGGUCUGGUUCAGUGGCGAAAGCGGAAUCCUAGAUCUGGUAGAACCUUUGGAUUACGGAGAGGGCGCUGUUCUAUUCUUAAACGACCACAGAAGAUACAGUCCCAGGUGGGAAAGUGAGGAUCCAUUCGAAUGGGGGAGUCGACCGUCAGCUCUUUGUGAGUACAAGCUCAGGCAGGCGCCACCGACUACGCCACCAAGUGCGCCCACCACUAAACAAAAGACGAUUCCUAUUCCAGGGCCAAGCCAACAACCGCCAAUAUUGCCUAAGAGGAAUGUUCCUCACAAACCUUACUUUCCGAGUUACCAUCCCUUCGGUCCUGGACCGUUGUCUCUACAUAAACCAGUGGGUACAGACGGUUUUCUAUUUGAGGUGAUCAGACGGAGGCCUAUGUCUCAUAUUGAUAAACGUGGUAACAAUCAUUAUAAUUCUGGAUAUUUUCCAAUCGCACUACCGUGAUAAAAAAAUGGCAUUGUCUGCCAGGAUCUUAUCAUUGAUACCUCAGAUUAUGCUGCAGUCACAUUUCCCCUUCGGCGGCCGUGCGGUGAGUCGAAAACAGCCGUUUUAACAUUUAUUGUACCAGCUACAUUAGGUUGUUUGUCCGCCGAAGGGGAAAUGUGACUGAAGCAUAAUCUUGAACUUUCCCAUGUUUUAAUUUCAGGGAAAUCAGUUUUUAGAGAACUCACUCUCCGAAUACCAUACCUUUACAUUUGUACAUUGUGUGAAACGUAUACGAACUAAUGUCAAUGUAAAUCAAGUCUACCACACACUGUGACACACUGUGGAGCACUGUGUUCUUUCCGCUUAGUGAAUGGAAGCGUACAAUAAACAUUAUGUUUCGUUUCAAACAAGGUAGUAAGGGCUGUAUGAAGGGUAGCAGAAAUCCAUUUUUUUUUUAGUAACUAUUAUACACGAUCAAUAUGCUGCAUCUUUGGUUUAUAAGUCAAUAAGUUUUUGAUCUUUUAUUGUUCAUCGUGGGUGUGGUGUUGGCGAGCUUUUGCAAUUGUAACGGGGCGGAUCCUGCAACGUAAUUCUGUAACGUGUGCGCCUAACAGGCUGCUUGAAAUGCUGUGAAUCCAGUGACCGGGUAAUAAUAAUUGUGAAGCGCUUUGAACAGUCGUAGAUUGAUAAAGCGCUAUAUAAAUGCCAAUUAUUAUUAUUCAUAAAUCCAUUGAAAAGUGAUCCUAACAUUUUGAGCUGACGAAAAAUUGCAAAUAUGUCGUUUGUCCAGAGUCAUGCUGUUUUGAUUCACUGAUUUUCGACAAAGGCUUCUUUGUCAUGAAGGGCUUUUGACAAUAGAUUCUCAAUGUUCAAGAAAGCGUCUGUGUUGUUGCUGCAAAAACUCCCUAUGUAUGUCUUCAAACACUAUGUUUUGUAUAUGAAUAACACAAAUUUUAAAUUUAGAAUAUGAAGUUAAUUCCCUUAUUAAGGAAUAGAUGAUUUUGUAAAUGUUUAUAGACUGAUAGAUAGAAAUAUUAGCAGCUGUUGUUUGUACAAUGAAGAACAAAAUGUGUUUAAAGGAGGCAUAAAGUAUGACCAAGGACAUUUCUGCAAUAAUAACAGGUCCUGAUAUCAUUUCAAUAUUUGGAUUAUGUAUGUUUGAAUUGAAUGACGCCAGUUCGGGGGUCCGUUUCACAAACAGUUAUAACUAUGGCAUAUCUGGUAACUUUGCCGUUAUGGUAAUUACCAUGGAAACCUUGAAUGUGAUUGGCCGCUGAGUCCCUUUACCAAUGUAGAUGCGAUAAUGGCAAAGUUUCAAUAGUUGUAACGCUUUAUGUAACGGGCGCCUGGUCUUAACCGCGGCCUCGAGGACCUAUUUCAAGUAAGUUGAUAGGAGUUAACGUUCUUUGGAAGAGAUCGCUCUCACAGGGUCUACCAGUCCUAUAAUCUUUAGCGCUUACUCCAAAGUAACAGGAUCAGACGGAUGUAGACAGGAUUGUUAAAAACAUAUUUUGAUAGUUUGUUAUAUUGUGUACAGACUUUGCCAAUUUUCAACCAAAAUGACCCCAAAAUUACAAGUUUAUCUUUGUAGACAUUUCC